CAAGCCCCGAGGCGGGGCCGGGGCCGGGGCCGCGGCCGCCCUCCCGGGAGCGGUGGCAGCGGGAUGCGGUUGCCGGAGUUGUGCCUGGCGCUGCUCUGCGCCGCCGCCGCCGCCGGGCCCGGCUCCCCGGGGACGGCUCGGGAGCAGCCGCCGGGCCCGGGAGCAGCCGCGGGGAGGGCGGCAGAGGCGGGACGCGGGAGGCCGGGGGCGGUGGCCUCUCGGGCCGGCGGCGUGGACCCCCGUCAGGCGUGGAUGCUGCUGGCUGGGAGCCCCGGGCGGGCGAGCGGCAGCCGGGCCCGGGGCAGGACGGGCACAGAACGGGCCGGGACAGGGGCUGGCACAGCGCCGGUACCGGCCGGUGGCCAGGCUCCGGGAAAAUCCCCCCAGGCUGCCUUGCAAGUCGGCGUGCCAGGCGCCGCCCCUGCCGACCCCGGGGUCCCCGCCGUGCUGGAAGAGCUGCUGAAGGAGCUGCAGCUCCUGCUGAAAGGCAUGGUGAAGGAGCAGGCAAAGACCCACAGGAAGGCCUGGGAAGGGCGUGAGGAAGAGGAGGAAAGUGGUGAAGGCAAUCCACAGGCCAGGUCCCAUCGUCGUGUGGAAGCAGCCUUCCACUGCCGGACACGAGAAAACAUCUCCAUCAAGCAGAGAGCACGGCAGGAGCUGCAGCUCUACUACAUCGUGAGUGCCCAGCCUGCUGCAUCUUCCUGCCUAUGGGGACAUUCUCUAACCCAAGCCUUUCCCCAUCCCCAGCCAGCGAGGGAGGGGAUGUUCCACCGCGGCUCGGGGCUGAACCUGACCAGCGGGCAGUACACGGCCCCUGUUGCAGGCUUCUACACCUUCACUGCCACGCUGCACAUCGUGCGCAGAGAGCAGCAGAGGAAAGGGCAGCCGUGCAGGGGGAAUCGUCUGCGGGUGCUGAUCUGCGUGCAGUCCCACUGCCAGCACAACAGCAAUUUGGAGACCGUGUCCUGGCUGGAGAGCGGUGGUGACCUGUUUACCAUCUCCGUCACUGGCGUCCUUUACCUGCAGCGCCAUUCUGCUGGGGGUGUGAAAAGGUACUGGGCACCACACAGGGAGCAGAACCUGUGCCAGGAGCAGCGUGACCCUUCCCUCUGCCAGCCACCAUCACACCUCCCCUGCUCAGCACCAAGCCCAGGGAAGACCUUUCACUGCUGCAGGAGCUGCAGACUGGCCCAAUACUGCACGUGCUGCAGAACCAUCUGAACCUGGACAUAAAAAUUGAGGAGAAAAAGAUAAUAAAUAAAUAAAUAAUGAUGAUGAAGCC